AUGGCAGAAACCCGUCAAACGCCCCUCCGCUGGGAACAAUCCGCCCAACCCUGCAAUGCCACCACAUCCGACAGACUCCCCAGCGAAGUAGUCACCUGUCUCGAAAACGCUCGCUUUGUACGUUCCCUCAAGAUCCCCUCUCCUCAACUCCCCUCCUGCUAACACAAAACGAUAUAACAGCUCCACCUCGCAACCUGCACGGCAAACCAACCCCACGUCUCCCUGAUGAACUACACCUACCUCCCCUCCAACCCCUACCAACCUUCCCCCCAAACCCCCACAAUAAUAAUGACCUCCAACCCGACCUCCAAAAAAACCACAAACCUCCUCUCCAACCCAAACGUCAGCUUGCUCGUCCACGAUUGGGUCUCCACCCGGCCCCCGACGUCCACUUCGGACCGCGAGCGUUCCCCCAUGGGCGCGAGGUCCUCGAGUCUCGCGGCCAUGCUCAUGCAGAUGAACAGCACCGCGGUCUCGAGCAUCUCCGCCACGAUCAACGGGGAGGCGUAUGUGUUGGAGAGUGGAACGGAAGAGGAAAAGUGGUGUAAAGAACAGCAUUUGAUGAAUAAUACUUUUGGCGAGGGAGCGGAGACUACAGCCGCGGGGGCCACAGGGAUGGAGCUUCUGGGUACGAGUCCGGCGCAGGCGCGCGUCGGGGAUAGUGGGAAGAGUGCGUAUAUCGAAGACGAAGAAGUGAGGGUGGUCGUGGUGAGGAUAAGGGAUGGAAGGAUAAGUGAUUGGAAAGGUGGGGUUAAGGAUUGGAAGAUCAGUUCUUCCGGUGGCGGGGAAGCGAGAACUGAGGCGCCAAGGGUGAAUGGGGUUAUCUGA